GCGACAUCGUGUCACUACCAAAACAGGCUAGAGCUGGCGCAGUGAGAAUGCAGCGGAGCAAUGGAUGACAGCAUAUAAUUUGACUAUUGGACGCCCUUUGAAAGCCAUUGCGCGGUUUGUGGGCGGGUUGCAGCAGAGUCUGGAGUGGCCCAAUUUAACCUUCGCGGCUUGACACCAUGGGAACAUCACCUGGCUCCCCACGCGCAUAACAGGUACACCGACCCACAUACCAGGCUCUGUAGAAUUCCAAUGUUCGAAAUGCAAGCAGAGCAAGCUGCGCUUCACAACAGAUUACUAUCCAUCAUUCUAUCCAUGGUCUGACAAGCCCAUCCCAACCAGUUUGACAAGACUUUUCUUUGACUUCAGGGAAUGAAUUCCGCCCACGUGCUGGGUUAGUCACUGUGAGGAGAUCAGCGAGUGAGGAGCGAGAGAUAAGCAUGGCAUUUGCACUGAUAUGCAACUCUUAUAAGUCUUGUGUUCCCUCACAUCCAUUCCCCUCUUUUCGAGACCCGUCAACAGCACACCAUCAGUGCAUCCAGAUUGAAUCCAACGACAUCCAGGCACUUGACGAUCAUAUAGUCAUUAUCUUCGAAUCCACCAUAAUGGCCACCAUGGAUAAAAUAUUCGCCGGCUACUCCGCCCGCAAAGCCGCCCUCGAGGCCAUUACCAGCAACCCUUUUACUCAAGGCAUCGCCUGGAUCGAAGGCAAUCUCAUUCCGCUACAUGAAGCUCACAUUCCCUUGCUCGACGAAGGCUUCCUCCACGGCGACUUGACCUACGACGUCCCCGCCGUCUGGGACGGGCGCUUCUUCCGCCUGGACGACCAUCUUUCGCGGUUAGAGCUCAGCUGUGCGAAACUACGCAUGAGGCUGCCUAUUCCACGAGACGAGAUCAAGCGCAUUCUUGUCGAUAUGGUGAUCCGCAGCGACCUUCGCGACGCAUACGUCGAGCUUAUUGUCACGCGCGGUCUGCAAGGCAUCAGGGGUAGCAAAGACCCCCUCAGCCUCACAAAUAAUCUGUAUCUAUUCAUCAAGCCGUAUGUCUGGGUGAUGGAGCCCAAGGUGCAGCGCACGGGCGGGCAUGCGGUUGUCGCACGCACAGUCCGACGUGUCCCACCUGGAGCAAUUGAUCCGACAGUCAAGAAUCUGCAAUGGGGGGAUUUGGUUCGUGGGGCGCUGGAGGCGGCGGAUCGAGGGGCGACGUAUCCGUUCUUGACGGACGGGGAUGCGCAUCUUACUGAGGGAUCAGGGUAUAAUAUCGUUCUGGUUAAGGAUGGGGUGAUCUAUACUCCUGAUCGAGGGGUGUUGCAUGGGGUCACGCGUAAGAGUGUUAUGGAGAUAGCGCGAGGAAUGGGAGUUCCGGUUCGCUUGGAGCCUACACCAGUCGAUCUGGCUUAUCAGGCUGAUGAGAUCUUCAUGUGCACGACUGCUGGAGGAAUUAUGCCCAUCACAACCUUGGACGGUCGGAGGGUCGGUGAUGGGAAGGUUGGGCCGCUGACAAGAAUGAUAUGGUAUAAGUAUUGGGACAUGCAUUAUGACCCAGCUUAUAGCUUCGCUAUUCAGUACAAAGGUUCCUCUAACAACCGUGCGAAGCUCUGAACACGUACGGAUUUUGCGAUUGGGAGAAAGUAUCAGCGUUGGUGAUAUGCCCUGAAGUCAUUAUCAUACAUCGAAAAUUCGAAUGCAUGG